CGUGUGGUCGCUCGAGCACGACGUUGUCUCGGGAUAUUCGCCUAGCGGUCGCCGUCGGCGCCGGCCUUGCUGCACUGUUUACGCGUCGUAUAUAUACCCCAUUUGUUCACGCGAUCAUGCUCGUUUGAGCUAAUUGAUAACGCAGCAUACGCAAUUUUUCGGUUGUUCCGGAGGCUAAGCUGAGUGAGACAAGAAAGCAGCGAGCUAAUUUAUACAUAACAACUGUACGGAGGGAUCAUCAUGGGUUGUUUCGUCAGCAAAGAUAAACUUACCAAAGAGGACAUGGAUUUCCUCAAAACCCAUACAUCGUACGAUGAGACCACCAUAAAAGAAUGGUACAAGGGUUUCAAGCAAGAUUGUCCCAACGGCAGGCUCACGCCGGCUAAAUUUGUCGACAUGUACAAAAUGUUCUUCCCAUCUGGUAAUGCGGUUGAAUUCUGCGACCACGUUUUCCGUACAUUCGAUAUGGACAAGAAUGGAUACAUAGAUUUUAAGGAAUUCCUGCAAGCCAUCCAUGUCACCUCUAGCGGGACCCCGGAGGAAAAACUGAAGUGGGCCUUCCGUAUGUACGAUGUAGAUGGGAACGGGGUGAUAGAUAUUCAAGAGAUGACGAAAAUAGUCCAAGCCAUAUACGACAUGCUUGGCGCUUGCUCCAGCAACAGGCCCGCGGACUCGGCCGAGGAGCGCGCUAAAAACAUCUUCGCUAAGAUGGACGAGAACAACGACGGUCAAUUGACCCAGGACGAGUUCCUCAAAGGCUGCCUCCAGGAUGAGGAGCUGUCUAAGAUGUUGGCUCCCUAAACGCCACACUCCUUCAUUCCUUUCCCUUACUACGAAAUUAUUGACGAUCUUACGGCGACAUUUUUAAUAAAUUAUAAUUUGUUUGAGUCAUAGAUUCUGGCUAACUAAAUGCCGCAUAUUUUUUUAUCCUUAUUUAAUUUGAAACCUAAUUCCGUUUCAAUAUCGGCGAUCUAACUGCGACAUUACCAUAACAUCUCUUUAUUUAACUCUCUUACAGUUUUUUCAUAUGUAAGCCACAUCCGUUUAUUUUAACUCCUCUUACGUCCUCGAUAUACUCGUCCAAAUUACAUUCUGUGAAUCCAAUUCACGGAUUGAUUUGAAUUUAAAUUUCGAUAUCGAUUUAUUGCGAUAUCUCAUAUAUAUUUGGUACCUCACCAAUCACUUACACAGCGGUGCUACAAUAAUAUUUUUAGCACUGACAUAUUGCUAAUAUACUUAUGUCUCCAUUCGAAAGAGCCUGAUAUAAAGUGAUGUGUCGGUUUGCUAUCAUUUAACCCAAUUUUCGUUUUUAAAAUCAUUCCUUUUUCUAAAUUAGAUUGUCCGAACUGAAUAAUCUACAAUAUGCCGGUCACGCCCAUUCAGAGUUUAUAAUUAUACAAGUUCAUUGUAUCCGUAUAAUUAGUUAUUUUAUACCUUGUAUUCGUGUUUAUUUCAGUAUUAUUUUGUCGAUGUCGCUGUUCGGUCGUCCGAUGUCGUAAUUUUGUCCGUACCAUACACUUUAUAGGCAAAAUAUGUUGUAAUAUCAUGACAAUUUAUAUGUAAAACCUAUGAUUAUUUAAUGUAUGCACAAUAUAACAAAAGUCAAUCUUUAUUUAAGUCAACAAUUUAGUAUAGCUAUGUUCGAACAGAAUAAAUCAGAUUGAUGGAAUAUUCCGAUUGAGCAAACGAUGUACAUUCCAAGUCAGAAACGUCGUCUCGUUCCAAUCUGAUUGUUUCUGUUUGUUAGGUCGAUAUACGUGUAAGUUUUAUUAAAUUUAAAUAAGUAUUUAUCAUUCUAAUGUCGAUAUCGGUGUUGUAAAUCUUACAUAUUAUAUGUAAUCGGUGUUAACUCUUCUCAAUCACUUAGACUGGGACCCUCCUAUCGAGCUCUACUACUCUACUCUUCAACUCGACUAGUUAUAACGCUUCCUUUAUUUCAUUCCAAACAUUUACCCCCAAAAACUAGAGCUUAAUCAAUUUUACAUCCUUUAUGAUGCUGUACUCCUUGUAUUUUCUACUUCGUAUUUCCCUAAUACUCUGUGCCUUCUAGUUCGCUGUAAAGUAGAUAACCACUUCUACUUCUUUCUUUCUGUAAGCUUUUUCUGCAUACACAUAAAUUAAUUGUUUUCUUUUUUUUGGUCAUAUUUAAUUAAGAUUAUUGCCAAAGUUAUGCACAAAUCUUCUUCCAUAAUUUAGCUAAGAGAACCCAUACACAAGUGUUUCCUAGUCCCAUAUCUUUUAGAUUGUAUAUUUACUAGACGUUAGAAUAAUUAACUAUACUAUGCUGGUUAUACAACAUAAUAUAUUAAGUUGGCCAUGCGGUUCUGGGGGUCGCGGUUAAAUGAAAAUAAAAAUAAAACUACACUAUUAGUUUUCAGUGUAUAGUGAAUAAUAAAAAAAUAAGCAUAAAUAACAUUGUAAUUUGAAUUUAUAAAGUCGCAUAACACAUAAUAAAUAUCUGAACCUGUGUAUGAAUACAAUUUUAUUAAUAAACCAAAACUUAAUUAGGUGCUAAAAAUUCAUCUGAUUAGAUAUUUCAUAAUUUUAUAUAAAAAAAAACAAUAAUAAAUAAAAAAAUAUUUAAUAUAUGUUGUAUGGGGUGUAAAAAUGCACUGAAAACUAAACAUCAAUCCACCCCUUAUCGAUUAACAUUCCAUUCAUUAUAAUAAGUUGUAAACCCUGUUAGUUGUAAUGUACAUAUCGCAAUUCACUUUUUAUUAAAAUAUAAUAAACAAAUCAUUCGACGGACAUUUAAUUAUUAAAUAAUCAAAGGGUAUUAAGGGGGUGAUAUAAAAGAUUAUUGAUAAAUGAAAUGUGAUUUCAAUUUUGUAAUCUCGAACAAAACUUAAACAAUCUUAAAUAAAUACAACAGUAUCAUAACUAAGCAUUGCUUAUAAGUCUUUGGCGCGUUGAUGAACAGUUAUUAAAAACGAUUCAGAUAUUAAAAUGGAAACAUAAAAGGUGGGAGAAACGCGACCCGGGCCUUGAGUCGGUUCAGAAUAUUUUUUUCUAUUCUCUUUGGCAUCCUCUCUAAAUUAUAAUUAGAUCACUUUAAAACCAUUUAUUAUAAUGCACUGUUCUCAAAUUUAGACAAUCGAUACUUUUAAUGGUACAUUUGACGAAAUAGCUAUAUUCCUAGUAUGUGUAUAGUGUUGAUGUAAUUUCACAUAUUUUUUUUUAAUCCAUAUAUUACUUCAUAUAAUAAACCUACUGUCAAUUUAAAACUCUGUGGUCUUCGUAUCUCUAGACUAAGUAAAUUUAUGGCACAAUUUUAUUUUCUGUUUACUUGAACCUUAUUUUUUUAAUUAUAUUUCAUUUAUAAAAGGUUUGUACUUAUUACUUAUGUAUAUUAUGUCAUUAUAUUACUGCUAUAUACUAUAUCAUUGUAGCGAUCGUAGCUGUGUCAAUAAUUUAAUAUAGAAGCUUUAUGAAUAAAGUAUAAUUUAAAUUAAUACAAAAUUAAAUGCACAAUAUUUACAUACAUUUUGACAUUCCUUUCUAUGAUGUAUUCGACGAUACUUACUAUAUUUGAUAUUAAUAAUAUUCGGGUAAAAUUUUUGUCUUGUUUCAUUUAUUUAUUAUGAUCUGUUAUAUAAGUAGCAGGUUGUGUCAUAAUAUAAUUGAUAAUUAUUAUAUAUUAUAGUUUAGGUGCAUUUAUAUUUUCUAAAAUAAUAACCACGUCUUACAAUAUUACAGUGCUUGUUACGACACGCCGUAGAAUAUGGAUGCAUUUAAUUGCAUAUAAUUAUUUAAAUUAAUGUUACCAUAUGUGUUGUAGAAUUAUUUUUAGUUGUAAUAAAUAGAUUAUCUUACAAGACUCGUUGUCACCUAAUAAUUAAAAUUGGGCUUUGUCCGUUUCCACCAUUUAUCAUGACUGACAUGGGAUUAUAUUUUAUUGUAUCAUUUGUGUAUAAUCGACCAUACAAGUUGUCAAUGUCAAUUCUAUAAUGAAUUUUUGGCAUUUUUAUGUGCGUUCUACACUUUUUUACAACAUUUUAUAUGAAUUUAUUAGGUGGCAGCUACGAUUGUAACAAAAAUUUGUAAAAACUGAAAGAGAGCAGCUGGCGGAACAUCACAGCUCAUCGUCUUUCAGUUAUCAGUUACUUGAGUAUUGUUAUUAUUUAGUUUAGGAUACUCGCUUAAACAAAUGUCUUGACAAAACUUAACUCGCUCAGUAUUCUUAUUUCUGAUGAAUCUCCAAGUCUGAGUAAGGUUUUUUAUGUAUUUACCGUGCUGAAGCACUAAUUUACAAUGGUAUCGAUUUGCGGUGUUUCUAGAAAGUGAAAGUAUCUUCGUCAUAGUAAUAGAUAGGCACCUGUAAUAGACGACACUCACUAUGUCCCAUGAUCUGUUGUAUUUCUAAGAAUACAUAUUUUUAAUGAUUCACAUUUUGCCUAUUCAUGUAUAAUAUACAAAUUACAAAAAUAA